CAAGAAGACUCACCUCUAUUCUCCCUCCUUCCGGCGGAAAUACGCGCCAAGAUAUUUACCUUUGCGCUGUCGCACUAUGAAGACACGCAAGCAUUGUACAACACCAACACCUUCUACUCACGACCCUCGUAUUUUGCACCGCGCAAGACCAGCACCGAUUUGCUUAGGACAUGCCGCGCCAUUUACCGUGAGACCUGGCCCCUCCCAGUUGCCCUCUGGGAGGAGACAGUCUGGAUGGGCCAUAGACUGAGAGCACCGCCUGAAUACUGUCAUUGGAAGCGUGCAGGAAAAUUACAGCGGCUCUUGCCCAGCCUCGCACGGCAGUUAGGCCAAGAAAAGGCCGAGAUUGGAAGCCUCCAUGCGUUUGUACAAAUGUUUCGCCUAGAGCAUGAUGAUCUGGCUAGCCUACUACGGACACCUGGAUUACACCCUCGACAGCUCACUUUGACAAUUCGCGAUACAGACUGGAGAUACUGGAGGCAAAACUGGCCACUACGCUUCACAGCCAAGUGGAUCAAAGAAGUCUCUAGCGCUCUAUCCCCCUCAAAGACCGAAUUCAGAAUCGAACUUGAGGCAUGUGAAUCAAGGAAAGACGAGGUUGACGCCAUUGGCAAGCACAUCGCAGAAAACUGGUUCUUCGGACAAUAUGGUGGAACCAUCUUAUAUGCAGAUGUUUCAGGCAAAUGCCAUAAAGUUUCCCGAUGGACGGGACCGAGUAUAGAGGGUCCUUCAUGCUAUCUGAACUAUUACAUCUUGACCAUCACUUUC